GGAUGUCACUUAGCAGACCGGCUUCAGGCCAUACGGGUGAUCAGGAUUGGUGCUUGAAGGACCUGGCCGACUCUGCACUCUCCAGGAGGUUCUGGUGACCCAAGACUAGGGCAAGUGAGGACGGUACUCGCAGUUGCCCGAUUCGAGCCGUGGCUCAGCACACGUCGGCAGUGCAGGCCAGCGGCCCUGCCUCCUAUCCUGAGUUUCCUCCGUUGGCUCAUAAGCCGCAGUUGAGGCCGUUAGGGUUGUGCCGAAGCCACGCACGCACUCUCCAUCUCACGGCCACAGUCUUCUGGGCGUACAACGCCCUUUUCUGACCGGGAAACUGAGGCCUAGGCGGGCUGCGCGAGGCCGUGGGCGGGAACGGGCUAUGCCCAGGUCUCCCGCUCGUCGUGCCCCGCCUCCACUGCAGAUUCCGAUGGCGGUAACCUGGCCGCUGACAGAUCCAGCGCGGGGCUUGAUGGCCUUUGAGGAUGUGGCUGUGUACUUCUCCCAGGAGGAGUGGAUGUUCCUGAAUGCGGCCCAGAGGGCGCUGUACCGCCAUGUAAUGCUGGAAAACUUCGCACUUGUAGACUCCAUAGGACCCUCUGUCUCCCGGCCUCGUGUGAUCAUCCAACUCCAGCGUGGUGAGGAACCCUGGGUUCCCAAUAGGACAAUUGCAGGCCCAGGCAGGGGCACCCACAGGAGAUCCAGCCUUGGAUCCAAUUACAGUGCAAGGGACAGACAUGUGUCUGGAGCAUCUCCAGGGGCCACCUGUGACAGGCCUGUUAGGAUAUCUACUAGUCUUCUUCCUCCUGCUGGUGCCUACCCUGAUGCAAAAAUUCUGGAGGGACACCAAAGUGCCUGCCCAUCUCUACAGAAAAAACCCACAGGGGUAUCAGUGAUUUACUGGGAGCAGCUACUGCUAGGUUCUAGCAGCAGUGAGGCAACUGUCAGCCUGCGAUUGACCUCCCCAGUAGGGGUUCCUGAGAAUGGUUCAUCUAGAGUGAAGGCCUUCUCUGACCUCCUGGCCCCAGGGAAGCAGCUACGGGUAGCAGAGCAGCAAAAGCCAGAGAUGCAGCUAAACCCUGGGAGAACUUUCCAAAGUAUCCCAGAUCUCCACGAGGCUGAGGAGGGACAUGGGAUAAGUGGGGCUUGCCAUGAGUCUCAGGGAGACCCCAGUGUUCCAGAGGCCCCGAUAUGGGAUGAGCUGGGAGAAGCCCUCCAGGCCGGCCCAGGCCUUUUCUCUGGGGACAAACCUUUUGAAUGUAGGGCGUGCAACAAAGUGUUUGUGAAGAGCUCAGACCUCCUAAAGCAUCUGCGCACUCAUACUGGAGAGCGGCCAUAUGAGUGUGCCCAGUGCGGCAAGGCCUUCAGUCAGACAUCUCACCUGACUCAGCACCAGCGCAUCCAUAGCGGUGAAACGCCCUAUGUGUGCAUGGUGUGCAGCAAGGCCUUCCGACACAGCUCCUCACUGGUGCGCCAUCAGCGCAUCCACACUGUCGAGAAGACAUUUCACUGCAACGAGUGUGGCAAGGCCUUCAGCCAUGGCUCCAACCUCAGUCAGCACCGCAAGAUCCACGCAGGAGGGCGUCCCUAUGCCUGUGCACAGUGCGGCCGCCGCUUCUGCCGCAACUCACAUCUUAUCCAGCACGAGCGCACGCACACAGGCGAGAAGCCCUAUGCCUGCUCCCUCUGUGGCGCAGCCUUUAGUCAGGGCUCCUCGCUCUUCAAGCACCAGCGUGUGCAUACUGGAGAGAAGCCUUUCUCGUGUCCACAGUGUGGCCGUGCCUUCAGCCACAGCUCCAACCUCACACAGCAUCAGCUGCUGCACACUGGCGAACGUCCCUUCCGCUGCGGCGACUGUGGCAAGGCCUUUGCCAAGGGAGCAGUGUUGCUCAGCCACAGGCGCAUCCACACGGGUGAAAAGCCCUUCGUGUGCACACAGUGUGGCCGCGCUUUCCGUGAGCGCCCCGCCCUCUUUCAUCACCAAAGGAUCCACACAGGAGAAAAGGCCCUGCGGAGGCCCAGGGGCAACAUGCACUCCCAGAUCGGGUCUCUUGGGGUAUCCUUAGAUGGUACACAUCCAAAGGCCACUUUAGACCCACCAGCAGUCCCAAAUAUUGCUGAGGCCUAAGGUCAUAGCUGUGCUCUUCUCUGGAAUCCCUUUCACUCACUGUGGAAGAGCCUGGAUUCUCAGCAAUUCACUGCUAUGUGAGCCAAAUACAAGGAGGACUUGCCAGUCAAGUCAGUUCCGUUUACAGCUAUAUCCUGAAAGAAGCUGGAGGAGAGGAAUCUGUAGAGUGCAUGUACCCCCUGUACUGGUGGGGCGGGCAGCGACUGUCCCCAGAACUAGUUAGUGGGUGACCCACAGACUUUGAUCUCCAUGUUGAUGCCACGUCAGUGUUUCCUGACUAUGGCUAUGAAAACAGGAAAAGAGCAUGCAGGAGGUGGGAGCUCUCAAACUAGCAGCUGAAGACACAGCCCCAGUGCAUUCCAUCUCCUUGGUGCAAGCCUCAGGCAAAUGAACAGUUUGUUUCGGAACCUGAGCUUUUUCCUCUGGGAAGUGAAGAGGGAAGGAGCUUUGGACCAGUGGAAGAUGAUGCUAUAAAAUAUUCUAGCAGCUGGAUAUAGUGACGUAUGCCUUUAAACCCAGGACUUGGGAGGCAAGGGCAGGUGUCUCUCUUGUGAGUUUAAAGCCAGCCUGGUCUACAUAGUGUGUUCCAGCUCCCAACUAGAGAGAGUUACACAGUGAAACCGUCUUUAAAAUAAUGUAAAUGUUCCAAUGGGAUCCAAAUAAAGUGCAAGUAGGCUCACAGCCAGCUAUGUGCUAGGUGCUAUGUGCUAGGUGCUGCCCAGACGGCAACUGUGGGCCUUGUGUCGGUGUCUCUGCUUCAAGCAAGGAAACGGAGGAUGCACAGAAGAGUCGUGGCCUAGAGCACACAGCAGAAGCAGGACUGAACGCAGAUGGACUUCUCCAGUCUCCAUCUACAAUCCCUUCCCUCUAGUCUACCAGGCCAGGCUCCAAGGGCUGGCCUAACCCACCAGUGGGAAAUGGAGGCCUGGAGGAAAGAUUGUGGCCCUCGGCUCUGCAAGACAGAUAAGAGUGCUGGCUGCUCAUUCAAGCCUGUCGUCAGCCAUUACCAAAGCCAUGCUAUAUGAGCCUUACCUCUGAAGUGGUGCUAGUAACUGAGAGGAAAUGAGACAGGGCUGCUUAUGUUUGCUGGGCUUAGCCAUCAUGCACCCACCUGUCCCAUCCGGUCCCACACAUACGAGUCCCGAGGUAAAGAGCUGAGCAGGGAAGCCUUGGCGUUUCCUAUGACUUCUGAGACCUCUCUAGUGUAACAACCCUAAACCUUGAGGGCAGAUGGGUGCGUGGGAUUCAGUUUGCUUGCUGUGGCCUUUAGCAGACCAGGUCUCAUUGGACCUGAGGUAAGACCAACAGGGAAAUGAAUGCCAGUAUUUAAAAGGUAAAACAGAUAUAUACUGUAAUUUCUUACCUAGAUAGGAAAGUCCACAUCUCUUGACUCCAGGACAUGCCUCCUGGUUUUUACUGCUGUUGUUCAUAGUUCAUAAUUAUAUGUGUGGAUGCAUGUAUGUAAGGCAUACAUGUAGAAGUCAAAGGACAAUUUUCAGGAAUCAGUUUUCUCCUUCCAUCAUAUGGGUGCUGGGGAUGGAGCUCAAAUUGUAACGCUUCAUAGUACAUGACUUUAACCACUGUUGGCCCUGAUAUUUUUUUUCAGACAGGGUCCCAUGUAACCCAGGUUAGCCUUGAACUCUGUAGCCAAGGCUGGCCUUGAACUUCUGUUCUCUUGCCUUUACCUCCUGAGUUCUGAGACUACAAGCAUACACCACCAGCCUGGUUUAUUCAGUACUAGAGAUUAAACCUGAGGCUGUGUGCCUAUUUAGCAAGCACUCCGCCAACUGAACUAUAUCCUUCUCCCUCAGUUUCAGGUUUUAAUUAAUUCAAAGAACUAGGCUUGGUGUGGCAUGUCUGGAAUGCCCAUAGUCAGGAGGGAGAGGUAGAGGAGGCAAUUCAAGGAUAGUUUGAGGCCCUGUGUUUUGUUUUGAGACAGGGUUUCUUGGUGUAGCCCUGGUCACCUAGAACAGGAUGGAGCUCUGUAGACCAGGCUGGCCUGAAUUCAGAGAAAUCCACCUGCCUCUGCCCCACCAAGCACUGGGAUGAAAGGCAUGUGCCAUCACAGCCCAGCAUUGAAGCCCCUAUCUUAAAAAGAAAAAACUGAGUUGAUACACACCUGUGUGAACAAUACUUGUUUUUACCUUAGAGAAGAUAUUAAACGGAUGUUCACAGACAUGAUAUUGAAGUAAGCACAGAGGAUUUGGCUUUAAUCUGGGUUCUGAGGUCACAGAGAUACAGCUUAUCUGUAGCCCAGUGUAGGAUGGAGUCAUCUAUGUCCCUUUGGUGGCCACAGGUAGGUGGGGGAAGCCAGGAGGUCUAGGAAAAGGCAAUCUGCUCCAGAGCAACAGUUCUGUUGAAAGAUGAGCCUUUGUGGAGAGAGGAGGGUGGGAAGAAUGAGUCACUGCUAUGAGCACGUCUGCUGUUGAGGAUGAGUGCAUGUGUAAAGUUGAGUCCAGCUCUUUAGGAACUCCCGUCCCGUCACCUGGAGGUAUAGUGGUGUAGACCUGUAACCCUAGCACUUUGGGAGGCUGAGACAGGAGGAUCUGAAGUUAACCCUCCAGAUCAGUGUGAGGCUACUGAGAAAGUCUGCAGAAAAAAAAUUACACAGGUCAGAUGUCUAAUCCCAGCACACAAGAGACAGAGACAAGUAGGACUACAUAGCAGUUGGAGGUCCAUAGUGAGACCCUGUCUCAAAAAAGCAAUAAAACCAUCUUGCAGCUACCAUCUAUGCAUAAGACACACCUGUCCCACCCAUCUGCCAGUAGAGUCAGACACAUCUGUCCACUAAACCUCAUUAAUUCAUGAAAGGAGGGAUGCUGUACAGGAUCCAGCUGCCCAAGACCCUGUAAGAGAAAAUUCUCUGAGGUAGGCCUCCUGAUACCCAGUAGGCCCACUGUCAGCUCCUCUCGGAUGGAACUAUGUAACGCCAGGAAGGCCCAGGACCAAAGAUACGUUGAGGAAACUGAGUUCCCCAACAGUUCUCUGACAGUCCUGAGCCUUCUGGGAUCCACAGACUGGAAUUGUUACCACCUUCUCUUCCUCACCAGCCUCUGCUUUUAAGCUGAGUGCUUUUUACCUCCACACUCCUUGGAUCUACCUCUUCCAAUACCGAGAACUGGCCUGCGCUCCCCUAUGUGUGGGAGUUCCCCAAGAACUACGGCUAUACUGGGUUAGCUCCUCUUAACAGGCUACGCUUGUAAAAAUGCCUAUGGGUUUUCUAAGUCAAAUGUUAAACCAGCUAAGCUUGGUAGCACCUGCCUGUGUUCUCAAAGCUGAGAAAACUGAAGCUGCAGGUUACAGAAACCCUGUCUUAAAACAACAAAACCCUCACCUCCCAAUCCCACAAAACCAAAUAAACACAUGCACCAAA